AUGCCAGAAUAUCUUUUUGAACAAUCAUUAAUCUCCUCCGAAAUACAAAAUUCUUUACCAAUAAAUUAUAAAUUAAGGCCUUUGGCAAAAAAUGAUUUUGAGAAAGGAGUAAUUGAAUGUCUGGGGCAACUUUCAGUCAUUGGAAGUCCUUCUAAAGAACAAUUUAUUGAACAUUUUAAUCAAAUGAAAAGUUCAAAAGGAUAUUAUAUAAUUGUGAUUGAGAAUGAAGAAGAAAAAAUUGUUGGUGUUGGAACAUUGUUGGUCGAAUUAAAGUUUUUAAGAAGUUGUGGAAAGGUGGGGCAUAUUGAAGAUAUAGUUGUGCAUGAUUCACAGAGAGGCAAAAGUCUUGGUAAAAGUGAAAAACCAAGAGCCUAUUCUGGUGACAGGUGUAGAAAAAUAGAAGAAAAAGGUCUAGAAGCUUGUGAAGAUAUUGUAAUUCAUCAUGAAAGUGGAUAUGCUUUUAUGGCUUGUGGCAAUUCGGAACUUAGAAGAACUCAUUGGUAUCCACCAUCUGGAGUUUUUAAAAAUCAGAGUAUUCAAUAUAGAGAACAAGUCUUCGUCUACAAAAUUGAUUCAGAACUUUUGUUACCACUCAGUUUUAAAAAUUAUCCUGAUAAUGAGGAUGUGGUUCUUCACGGAUUAGGAAUUUAUCAAGACCCAGCUCAUCUUGCAGAUAAAAUUAGUUAUCCUAAUGGAAUAAAUGGUAAUUGGGACAAUUCACGUAUUUAUCUGGGAACUUCUACAGGUGGUAAAUUGUUUAUAUAUGAACGAAAACAUGACAACAAACUCAAAUUAUUGGACACUGUUAAAACUGAUGCUACGGAUAAUGUUAGUGUUGAUGAUAUUACUGGUGAAAUUUAUUUGGCUACAUUCCCAAAGCUUAUACCAGUCGUCAUGUUCUUAAAGGAUUAUGGUGAAACACAUGUACCAAGUGCAAUCGUAAAAAUUAGUAAUAAUACAAAUGAAGAUAAAUUCUACGGCGUAAAAUACUCUAAAGAAAUUGUGUAUCAAGAUGAUGGAAGCUUUUUUAAUCACAUUACAGUGGCAGCUGUUGAUAGAAAAAGAAAUGUUAUGCUAUUAGGUUCUUUUAUUAGUAAAGGAAUUGUAAGAUGCGAAUUGGAGUAUGAGCUUGCCAAGUAA